AUGCCGCCCCGACCGUCGAUACGCCUAAGCUUUGCCGGCCUCUCCCCGGCGCCGAGGAGGGCCUUUGCGCACAAGGCCCGGCAUAGACAUCCACCUCCGCCGCCGUUCAAUACCGUUCCUACAUGUCCGGAGCCGACAUGUGGAUGCGCCGAUACCCCCGCCAUGCCGGAGGGUCUGCCUCUUGACCGUGAGGGACCGCUCAAGGCUGCUAUUCCAGGAUACGCGGAGCAGGUACUCGUGUGUACAGACAAGUCGGAUUGGCCUUCGAGGAUAGAGGAGGAUAAUAGUGGUGAUAACUUGGCGGCGGAUUUGAAGGAGUUGUUUGGAAGGGGCGGGACAUAUAGUGAUCCAUUCCACAACGUCUCCGUCCUCAACUCUUCCUUUCCAAGUUCCAUACCGCCCCGUGUCGAAGUCCAGACGACAUCCGCAUACCUCCUCCCCAGCUUUAAAUACGUACCCUUCCUCCCGCGGAUAUCCUUCGACAGCGUCCAGGCCCUCGCCAAGGGCUUUCUACUACCCAAGAAGCUACACUCUGCACACGAAGGCCUCUCACCCAUCCACCGCGAUCGGCUCACACGUAAAGAGGCAUACCAGGGACUGUUACCAGGCGUACAAGACGUGCGGGAUGUGUUGGUGUUGAUAUGUGGACAUGGUGGGCGGGAUGCCAGAUGUGGGAUUAUGGCACCUGUGUUGGAGACGGAGUUCAAGGAGAAGCUGAGGAGCGAGGGAUUGGAUGUGCUACAAGGCCCCGUGCAAGUACCCAUAGGCCUUGAAGAGGUACAAAGGAUACAAGGCGAAGCAGGUCCCGAAGGAACAACAGCAAGAGUCGGACUAAUAAGUCACAUCGGCGGACACAAGUUUGCAGGCAACGUCAUCAUCUACCUCCCGCCGCACAUGAAAAUAGGAGACAUGCCGCAUCCGCUGGCGGGGCAUGGGAUCUGGUACGGAAGGGUUGAACCGAAAAAUGUAGAGGGAAUUGUGAAGGAGACUAUCUUGAAGGGAAAUGUUGUGGCGGAUAUGUUUAGAGGUGGGAUUGAUGCUCAGCGGAAGAUGCUGAGGAUGAUCUCAACACCUCGACCCAGAGCCUUCAACUAUCCAUGUCAAACUCUCUCAACCUCACGAUACCCUCAAAAACCAGGCUUUUCCGCGCCGAAGCAAGCAAGAAUCCUAUCUCCUCUCAUAUUCAUCAGCCUCAUAAUCGGCGGUGUCGGCUAUUACCUCGCCACACCGCACUCUAAACCAGACACACUCAACGACAUCUCGUUCGUGCCGUACGCCAUCACGCACCGCGAGGCCAUCUCACCAACCUCAUUCGUCAUCACUAUAGUCCCCCACAAACCUAGCCCCUCGCCGCCAUACCUCACUACCUCGAAUACAAGUUCGCGAUGGAGCCAUCCCCUCUGGUCCGUGGAGUUCAAGCAGCCUGAAGUCCAGAUCUCAAGGCACUACACGCCCUUACCGCCCCUAGCGAGCGAGGAUCCUACUGAUGGCGCUCUUCAUUUCUACAUUCGUGCUGUGGGAGAUGGCGAGAUGUCCCACUACCUCGCCCGUCGACAGGUCGGACAGGACGUCUUCCUCCGCGGACCGCACGUAGGCUUUGAGCUCGCUGAACGACUAGGCGAGCAUAAGCGCCUGGUGUUCCUCGCUGGCGGUACGGGUGUCGUACCGGGCAUGCAAGCUGCAAAGGCGGUCCUCGAAGCGAGCCCUGAUGCCAGUGUGGACUUGCUCUGGGCUGUGAGGAAGAGGGAAGAGAUACAGAAUAGUGCGGCUCCAAAGCAGUCAUCAUGGAAGUUUUGGCAGGAGAAGAAACCGACUACUCUUGGCCUCGAGGUUGAGGACCCCAGCCCUGUGACCAGACGGUUACAGGAUCUGAAGGCGACCUACGGCGAUCGCCUAAACAUUCAAGUCGUGGUCGACGAGGAGGGUACCAAGUUCCAAGACAAGGAUAUCAAGAACGCCAUCCUCGCCUCGCCCAGCACCGCCGUCUCGCCUAGCUCAGGGUGUCGCUUCCACGACCAGAUGAUGCAUGUUCACGCUUCCGAGUUUGCUCUACCCGAUGCCCCUGGAUGUGUAUGCACACCGCCCGAGGGAACACCUCUCGGCAAGAACCUCCUCAUCGUCUCCGGUCCUGACGGCUUCAUUGAGCACUACGCCGGGGCCAAGAUCUGGCUAGGUGGACAACAGACACAGGGACGCAUAGGCGGUAUUGCCAGCCAACUACAACGUCAGAAUCCCACAAUAGCGCAAGACUGGCUAGUUCUCAAGAUGUAG